ACUUCGUAUCAUCCAAGACAAACACACGCAUAAAAGAAUCGCACAAAUUAAGAUACUCGAUUUGCCCCCCCUCCGCGCUGGGCCGCUGGCUGCUCGACCUCUUCCGGCGAGGGAGCCCAGUCCAAGAGGAAGGAAGAACAGGAUCAUCGUCUAGGGUUUUACGGGGAAUCUGACUAUCCCUCGUUAUUUUUGGACGUCCGUGGAUCAUCUUCUGUGGCUUUGCCAUCUGGAUUGGUCCUGAUCCUGUUUGUGGCGUCUCGCCGGAUCUCGUUGAUAUCUAGGGUUUUGUGUUGGUUCGCUGGAUGGAUUUCGAAUCGGCUGAUCGGUACGGAAACAGGAGGGCCUACCAGCGGCCGGGGCCGUCGCAGGUUCCCGAGAGAGCUAACAAGGUAUGCUUCCACUGGCGGGCGGGGCGUUGCAACCGUCACCCGUGCGCCUUUCUCCAUAGCGAGCUGCCGGAGCACAUGCCCACCGACGGGCCUGCAAAGCGGGGGCACCAACAAGGGCACGCGUCUAGAAAUCCUGCCUCCGCAGGUGCGCCUCCCUCCAAGUGGGGCAAGGGCCGAGCGGGUGGCAAGGCGCCCGACAAGGUCUGCAAUUACUUCCUCGCUGGGAAUUGUAGUUACGGGGAGAGGUGCCGGUUCCUGCAUACGUGGUUCAUGAGCGACAGCUUCUCCCUCUUGACCCAACUCCAGGGGCAUCAAAAGGUAGUGACUGGUAUCGCUCUGCCCUCAGGGUCUGAUAAGCUCUACUCUUGCAGUAAGGAUGAGUCUGUUCGGGUCUGGGAUACUCAAACUGGGCAGUGCGUUGGGGUCAUCAACAUGGGAAGUGAGGUUGGAUGUAUGAUCAGUGAAGGUCCUUGGUUAUUUAUCGGGGUUUCAAAUGCUGUCAAGGCAUGGAACACACAAACAGUAACAGAUCAAAGCCUUGAUGGUCCUAUUGGACAAGUUUACUCUUUAACCGUUGGCAAUGGUUUGCUGUUUGCUGGAACACAGGAUGCACGUAUAUUGGCAUGGAAGUUCAGUGCUGCCGGGAAUGUCUUUGAACCUGCUGCUUCCCUCUCUGGUCAUCGACUUGCAGUAGUUUCUCUAGUUGCAGGGGCCAUGAAGCUUUACUCUGGUUCUAUGGAUAAUUCAAUAAAAGUGUGGGACCUAGCAACAUUCCAAUGCCUUCAGACCCUCACUGAUCACACAUCUGUUGUUAUGUCAGUGCUUUGUUGGGAUCAUUUUUUAUUAUCUUCUUCUUUGGACAAUACAAUCAAGGUUUGGGUUGCAACAGAAAGUGGGAAUCUGGAAGUGACAUACACUCACGAGGAGGAACACGGCGUACUUGCCUUAUGUGGCAUGCUUGACGCGGAAGGAAAACCUGUUGUAUUAUGUUCUUGUAACGAUAAUAUCAUACGGGUUUACGACCUGCCUUCGUUCAGUGAGCGAGGUAAGAUAUUUUCAAAAGAAGAGAUGAGAGCGAUACAAAUUGGACCUGGUGGCUUAUUUUUCACUGGAGAUGGAACAGGCGAGUUGAAGGUGUGGCGAUGGUCAACAAAGCAGAAUAACUAAUAGUUCUAGGUCUUACUUUGUAAUAUAUAAACGAUUUGUUUUAGUCUUAAGAAGUCAGCUGCCAAUUUUGAUGCUGCGGACAAAUCGAUCAUUUAUUUGGUUUGAAAGAGGAUGCUAAUACGUCAUAUUUGUUUGCUGAUUAUUGAUCAUCGUCACCAGCCGAUUGUGUAAUCAUAAUCGUGCGUGUCGACACUGGAUUUGAUUCUUAUAAUAAAAUUGUGCAUCUGGAUGUAGUUCAGCAA